AUGCGAGUUGGUGCGAGGAUCCUCAAGAGACUCUGUCUGACCAGGAGGCAUUUAUCGUUGAGCAAGCAUGAAUGCGUAAGCCGGGAGGACCAGGAGCACAGCGACCAGCACUGCCAGCGAUGGGAGUCCAACAUGGCGAUCGAUUGUUCCACACCCCACGGCUUCACGUUCGGCGAGGCCAACUAUAAUUCCCAGUUUCAGGACGUGGCAGUCGGCAGUCAGGCUGCCGGUACUUCGUUGAGCAGCUACAGCACUUCUUCAUCUUUCUUGAUGCUACAGCAGCACAUGAACGGAGACGGAGACAAACCAAAGCCCGCCGGACGGUUUCGAAACGGCAACAGGAGGUUGGAAUUCGCUGUCGUCGGUGGUGGCCUGACUCUCUCCCGGAGCCGAGCGGUAGACCUGCAUUCCGAUGUUUCAAAGUUCCGUUCGUUCUUGUUCUUGAGAGGAGUCCAUCUAAAGUCCCGUAAGAGCGUCCGUGCACUAUCUCCACUUAGACCAAAUUACCGUCUAGUCGCGUAUCCGCCUUGA